AUGAAUCCACAACAAUUUUACAAUCCCCUUCUUCAUCAACAGCAAUCAGCACAGCAGCAAAAUGUUCGAUCUCCACCCUCUCCUCAUCAAAAUAUGAUGAUGAUGAAUCAACCACCUCAAGUGGGAGGUGGAUUCUAUCAUCCAUCUUCAUCAUCUAUGGUCCAAUCAUCUCCUACCACCAAUACUGGAGGAUUUUAUAAUCCUACAUCAUCAAGCCAAACACCAACCACUACAACCGGAGGAGGAUUUUAUGAUCCUACAAUGCCUACAGGUGGAUAUGGAAAUUAUGGCACCACAGGCCUAUAUCAAACAACUUCCAUCACUCCACCAACAACAACAUCUUCACAGUUUUACAAUCCUGCUCUUCAAUCCGGUAUUUCGGGAACCAAGAAUGUAGGCCCUCCUCCAACAGAACUCAAAUUUGGAGGUGAAGCUCUUCAUGGUGCUCUCACUCAGCAGCAGCAGCAUGGUACUGUGCUCCCUCCAAGCACAGGUGCUAUUCCUCCAGGAACCACUCAGUCAACAUUGGGUACCACUUCAGCGGCGAUUCCUUCCAUUCAACAUCCAGAGACUGCCUUUGAACAAGGACAAAACUACAGCGUGCAAGAUGUUAUUUCUCAUAUGGGCACUCUCACAUUGAACCCACAACAAAAUGCUCCUUAUGUGAAUAUAAUGCCAAAUAAUAUGCCACAACCAAAGGAAGCUGGAGAGCUAUUGACUGCUCACAUCUCAGGUCAGCCCGAUGUUUCUCCUCUCUAUCAAGCCCAUUACAAUCUCUAUAAAAGUAUCUACGUAAAUGAUACCAAAACAGCAGCAGAAGUAUUCAAAUCACUUCAAAGCGACGAAAACACAAUGAAAAUGUCGUGUAAUGCAGUUCCACAAAGUUUAGAUCUUCUUAACCGAUAUGGAUUACCUUUUGGUUGUGUAUUGAAGCCUUUCCAUCUCAAAGAAGUACCCACUAUCGGAGGAAACUUGAUUAUUCGUUGUAAUAAUUGCAGAACCUACAUCAACCCAUUUGUUCAAUUCAUUGAAUUCGGAAAUAAGUGGCAAUGUAACGUUUGUAAGCAAAUCAAUGAAGUUCCAAAAAGAUACUACAGCCCAACCGAUAUGAAUGGGGUGAGACAGGACUUUUUUGAAAGACCCGAACUCACAAAUGGUGUCUAUGAGUAUUUGGCUCCUCAAGAAUACAUGUCUCGACCUCCACAGCCACCUGCAUAUUUAUUCUUAAUAGAUUCAAGUUUCAAUAGUAUUAAUGGAGGUUUGUUCCAAGCAUCUGUAAAGGCUAUUAAGAAUUGUUUGAAAGGUUUGAAGGAGCAAUCGCCAAGAACAAUGAUUGGUAUUGUUUGCUUUGAUAGCAAGAUUCACUUUUUCAACUUGAGAUCAACUCUUACUCAACCCCAACAAUUAGUUGUUGGUGAACUGAACGAAUCACUUCUCCCAUUGCCAAACGAUUUACUUGUUAAUUUGGAAGAGAGUUAUAAUUUAGUGGAAAUUUUGUUGGACAAGCUUGAGGUCAUGUUUAGAGGAUCUACCAGUGUCGAGUGCUGUUUAGGAUCUGCCCUUAAUGCUGCAGGUAGAUUAAUUGGAAGAUUUGGUGGAAAGGUUUCUAUUUUCCUUUCUCAAUUACCAACAAUUGGACCAAACAAGCUUACCAACCGCGAGAGUUUAAAUGACUAUGGAAAUGAUAAGACCGAAGCAAAACUUUUGCAACCAGUAGAUAACAGCUAUAGAGAUUUUGCUCUCCUUUUCAAUAAGGACCAAAUUUGUUGUGACUUGUAUUGUUAUGCCAUUCCCGAAUCUACACACUCAUUCUUGGAUAUUGCAACACUUUCUAGUCUCUCCAAAUUCACUGGAGGUUCCUGCAAACUGUAUGAAUAUCCUGAUCAAUUAAGCCACCAAUUAGCUGCAGAUUUGAAACAAUGCUUGAUCGAUGAGUUGACUGGAUUUGAAAGCGUCAUGAGAAUCAGAGUGAGCAGUGGUAUGAAAAUUGUGAACUUCUUUGGUAACUUCUUCAUCAGAGGACAUGACUUAAUGGCCCUACCAAAUAUUUCAGGAACUCAAACCUUCGGCUUCCAAAUGGUUCACACUGGUGCCAUGCUCUCCACACCAAACGUCAGUGUUCAGGUUGCUGUUCUCUAUACCUCAGAACAAGGACAAAGAAAGAUUCGUGUUUGCAAUUUACUCUUACCAAUUACUAAUUCAUUGUCUGUUCUUUACAACAGCACUCAACCAACAGGUAUGAUUAACUUGAUGGGUAAAAUUUUAGCUGCCGACUUGGCAAAGGAAGGAGUCACUAAUUCAAGAUCCACUCUCAUUGAUAAGUGGCUCAAAUCAGCUGUGACCAGUUAUAAGAGUGUUGCAAAUGUUGGCAUUGGUAUGGGAUUAACUUUGCCCGUUUCCCUUCAAUAUUUACCUCUUUUUGUAUGUGGCCUCAGCAAAACUAAUAUGUUGUUAGGAGGAAAGGAAGUGAGAGCAGACAACAGAAUAGCAUCUUCUUUAUAUCUCACCUCGUGUACUGUUCAACAAUCAAUAUUACUGUCUCAUCCUUUGUUGAUUUCAGUUACUGAUCUACUUGCUGAUGAAACCGCAGAUACUGAUUCAGAUAAGCCAAAGGUUUUGAAAUUGUUCCCUCUCUCCAGAAAACUUAUCAACCCAGAAGACGGAUGCUAUUUACUGUGUGAUGGUAUGGCAAUUUAUUUGUGGCUAGGAAGAAAGCAAUGGGAUACUGACAGAGAAAAAUUCUUUGAUUUGGUCUAUGAGUUGAAUUACAAUAGAUUCACCUUGCAAGCCGAUCAAAAUGAGGAGUUGCCAUUUGGUGACGAUCCACUUCUUGCCAAAGUUUUUGACUUGUGUGAAUUAUUUAGAAUUCAACUCAAAACAGAAAUGCCAAUUCGAAUUGCAAAUACCAAUAUCACUGGUCAACCAAGCAGUGACAAAUUGAAGAAGGUACUUUUCACUGAUUUCCAUAGAACAUUCUUGAAAAAGCUUGCCGAAGACAAGACGCUGCCUGUCACCAUGUCCUACUCAGACUUGGUAACUUAUUUGAGCAAGUAA